AUGGCAGGUCCGGUUCGAGAAAGAGUUACAGAUGCCGACAGGCGCCAUUUUGAUUUUGUAAAAACCUUGCUCCGUAUUUCCGAUGCACUCACGGAAGAAGAAACGGCAAACGUGAAGUUGUUUUGUCUGCAUCUGAUUCCUGAAGGCCAUGCGGAACAGCUGAAGCGGGCAGUGGACGUUUUCCACAAGCUGAUAAAAAUGGACAAAAUCGACCAGGAGAAUCUCGACUUUCUCGAAGAGAUCUUAGAAGGAAUCGGACGACAGGACCUGAUUCGGGACGUUCUGCAGCAGUUCCAGCCGCCUGACCGAGAGAUUCCGGAAAAUACCGAACUGCAGCCGGGAAGUAACGCCGUGAGUGCAAGUGAAAGAGAAGCAUCCAAGGAAGAGCGACACACAGCUGAGACAGAAGGAGCGGCAGCUGGCUCUACUGGGGACUUCAUACAGGGUGCGAUCACAUUUGGUGGGAAAGGAUCAGAACCUGGAAAGUUUUGGCACCCAGGUGGCGUCGUGGUGUCGCCUAGCAACGAGAUAUUCGUGGCUGAUCACAUCAACGAGCGAGUCCAAGUCCAUAGCACGGAGGGGGUUUACCUGCGCCACUUCCCAACAGUUGUACCGGGUACAGGGGACACGGACAUGAUGCCGCAUGGUAUUUGUAUGGACGGUAACGGCACGCUGUGGGUAGUGGGACGAGGAGAGAAAGCUGGUCAUGUUGUACAGUACAGCACGGACGGGACCGCCAUGGCGGGGUUUGAGAAGAGCCAUGAUUACCGUGGUAUAGCAGUGGACAUGCGCACUAACCACAUCCUGGUGGCUGAUCCAGACGCCGGUGAAGUUCAUGUGUUCCGUCCGGACGGCUCCCUGGUGCGGACAGUCCGGCAUCCACGGGGUGGGGAGAUGACACGCCCCGGGUACGUCACUGUGGACGGGGAAGGGAACAUUCUUGUGUCGGACUGGGACAGUAACUCUGUCUACGUGUAUGACGAGUCCGGGAAGUUCCUGUUCCAGUUCGGAGGGAAGGGAAGUGGUGAAGGUCAGCUAAUGAAUCCCCUCGGCAUCUGCACAGACAGCUCGGGGUACAUCCUCGUGGCGGAUUCUGGGAACGACAGGAUUCAGAUCUUCACACGUCACAGCGAGUUUGUCCGGACCCUCCGUACUGGGUCUAACCCGGAAGGCCUGGCUGUGGGACCGGAAGGGCAGCUGGUUGUGACUGAUUGCUAUAACCACACUGUGACUGUAUUUCCUAACUACUGAGUUCCUGACCACUGAGUAAGAUCUUUGAUAAAGAUUGAAUGUUGACAGGACUUACCCAUUCCAACCAAUUAUCCGGUCUACUUCGUGAUGACUGAGGAACGGAUGGACGGGGCGGAGGGCGGUACCGACUUCCUACGACCUUUGACCCAUCGCUCAGGCAAUAUUUUUUCGAAAAUCACGUGUUCUCGGAAAUUGAGUCCAACUUCUAUCUGUUCCCAUCUGUUUCGUCAGUCAUCCUGAAGAAGACUUGAGGAUUCGGUGAUUCCCGAAAGCUCAUUUUGUUAUCCAUCUUCAUAUUGCUUCGUUCAACUACAUAGAUCUAUGCUUAAAAUACACUUUAUGCGAAAGUCGAAUCUUUUUAAUACCAAACGUGUCUAAAAACCAUGGUAAC